CGACGCCGCGGCACGUCGAUGCCGAUUACCGACGCUUCCCCGAGCCUUGCACCCUCGUAAAUGCACCCUCCUGCCAGGCGACUCCGCCUCGCUGUCCACCUGGUAGCCAGGUGAGAGCGACAACGGAUUUUGGCGCCCUCCGCAUUUUGGUCGUCUGCAUGAAGGACUCGAGCUUCGGGGCCUCGAAAGGAUGAGGCGACUCGAGGACGGCCAUGCUCAACGACCGCCUCCGUUCAGGGUGCUCGCGGCACCCGAUUACCUGUCGCCCACCGCGAUACCGCCACCCCCGCCGCGUGCACCCGAGCCCUACAAGAUCGCGCCCUCCUCCACGUCUUCCUCGAGGGCCCACAGGCGGUCCAGCUUCGUGAUCAUCGCGGACUCGAGGCCUGGUUCGCCCGAGACGAGGACUCCAUCGCCGACCUUGGCCACCGGUAGAGUCUCCCCUUUUCGAGGACGCGGCUUCAAGGGACCACCUCCUCGCUCCAGAUCCAGGCCGCAGUCCCCUGAAAUCGCGGACGGUCGUAGGAGGGGAAGAAACGAACGACGAGUUUCAGUGUCGCAACAGAGCAGCCCAAGAAGAAGCCUGAUCCCGCAACCGACUCGUCAGCGUUCGACGUCGCUAAGCAAAUCGACGGAGCGGCUCUCCUCGCCGAAGUUGGGCCGGCGCGCGGAUUCGCGGGGCCGUUUGACGGAUUCCAGGAAUCGUUUGAACGCCUCCGGAAACAGCAACAGCGUGGCGAGCCUGGCCUCCCGUCGACAAGCCACGAGGACGCCCAGCAAGCUCUCCCCGAUCCAAGGGACCCCGACGAAACCGGAGAGGACCUCAACGCAGUUCGGGGCGAAACGGGAUCGGGAUCGAUCCGGAGGGAAGGAAUCCACGCCGGCCAGGCAACAGAAAUUUGCCGUUUCUCCGUCGAGGAACAAUGCGUGGAACGCGAAGAAACAGAGCCAAGAGAGGGUAGCCGUUUCGGGGAAAGCGGGGGGGAGCAAGGAACGAGUCACGUCUCCGUCGAAAAUUCCGCUCAAGACCAAUCGGGUCGGCACGAAUUCCUUGAAUCCGUCCAGGUUCAUCACCAUCUCUAAUCAGCCCAAGAGCAGAAAGGCGGUCGAUAAAGGGGGAUCGAAGGGGGUUAGCGACGAACGCGUGAACGAGUCCGGUCAGGAUGGUGGGGAAGGAUGUGAAACGGGAUGGAAAGAGUCUCGAGCGAGCGAGAAAAGUUCGAGCGUCGAGCGCUUGAUCCCCGAUCUGCAUUUGAUCGAUCUGUUGAAACAGACUUCCACCGCUACAGGGACGUCGAGCGUGGUGAACACGACUGCUACCACGGCCGUCCAACCUCUUCACAUCGACGCGAACGCGAUUCUCCUCGAUGGUAAAGACAGCUUGGAAAAGAAAAAUGUAGCCGAAGAGAGGUCGAAGAGCCAGCAAAACAGCCUUUCCAACGACAACAAAUCUUCCAGCUCGCCGAAUGCUGUCGACGAUUCCUCCGCUAAACAGAUCCAAAGUUCACAACUCGUCGGUAGUGGGGAGGAUCAUCACCGUCAGACGAAUUCUCAGAUCUCGAGAUCCAACAAGUCUAACGGUAAUUACAAUCGUACGAAGGGUGGUAUGGAGAGUAGAAACGAUUCUCCGAUUCCCAAUGACGUAGUCAACAAUCACUCGAAGAGCAACGGUACGGGGCAAUCGGCGAAGAGCGUGGGCAAGGGUAACGGCGCGGUGACGAGCAAAGCUGAUUCGGCGACUCGACGCUCGAACAAUAAGAUCCAGAUGAACAACGCGAUCAACGAUCCGAACGGGAAGAACUCGAGGCCUAACGACGCCAAGAUCGAGGAAUCUGUCACGUUUCAACCCGUAUCGAACUCGGCCAAGGCGAACGAGGUCGAGUCGUCGAAAGAUUCGACGAGAAAUUCUUCGAGCACGGAGAGGGGAAGCACGGUGGUUUCCGUGAACAGUGGUUCGGUGAAGCAGGAGGAAGCGAGGACGAUUUCGAGGUCGACGAAUAAUUCCGGAACGAGGGUCGUGGCGAACGCGGGCACGGUAAUCGUGAAAAGUACUUCCGUAUCCGACCGAUCCACCAUAUCCUCGAAGGCGAACAACAACGCGUUGGUGAGCAACGACGCGAAAAAAGUGAAGAGCGGAACGGGGGCGAAGGUCGGGAACGAGGGAAGUGGUACGUCGUUGAAGUCGUCCGGGGGGGUGUCGAUCGAUUCGAUCGAGAGCGUGCGAUCCACGGACACCGGGGUGAGCGUGGACACGGUGAGGGGGGUGUCCUCGCCAAGGGAGAAAACGGGGAUGCACGUGGUGAAACGGCCGCAGGAGAUCGAGACGUUGAGCGGGAACGUGGUGCACCUGGAACAAAACGGCGAACCAGCGGUGCUGGGCGCCGCGAACGGCAUCGGUGAAGGUAUACCCGAGAGGCUUCUUACGCGUUGGAGAAGAUCCUUGAGUCGUUGCUGCGAGUGUUGCCCGAGCAUGAGGUGUCUGGCGUGUCGUACGGACUCGAAGGGCCUCACCUGGCCCGGAAACCAUGCCAGGAUCAUGAGGAUCGUGAACAGGAACGAGCAACUCUCCGCCAGAGAGAACGUUCCUGCUGGCUGUUGGUCUAAAUUCAAGAACAGAUGCAGAUGCAAACGACUGAGGGAGAUGAAAUGUUGCUCAAGAAGAUCGAGAGUCGCGCCUGCCGAGGCAACUGUCUGCUGCCCGCCGGAGAGAAGAUUCGGCGCCAUUUGCCGGCGUCUGUUCGACAAUUGCAAAUGCAAGCGGAACGCAGAGGCAGAGCGCGCAAGAAGCAUACGUGCCAAGCACAGUCUUACCAGUGUAGCGCCACCUCCUCUAUCAGAGGAACCGAAAGCUAAGAUACCGGAUGUCCUGGUAGAGCACAACUCCUUAAUGCGUGGCGCUAUUCCUUGUCUACCAGUUCCUCUUGCUUGGUUUUGUCUCGUUUGGAACGUAUUACUGCCUGGCUCUGGUACGGUAUGGAGCGGUUUAUUUAACCUGUGCACCGGCCAACCAAGAUUCUCAGCGGUGGCUGGACUGAAAUCGAGACUGGGCGCGUUCGUGGUGAACCUGGUGGUCGGGGUGGGUCAAUUAUUCACCGUUUUAUUCUGCCUGGUUGGGUGGGGCUGGAGCAUCUGGUGGGGCGUCACUUUGGUCCGUUUAGCGAGGAAGUACAAGAGGUUCAAGGCCUCUGAGGCGGCCAGCAACGAUCCGGAAACGGGGGCGAGGGAUGAAGAACCGGCGGCCCUACCCCCAGGUGUACCGAGUCAAGCCUUGAGAGGGAUGGAACGGGUUCGAUAAUAAUCAAAAUAACGAACACGAUUCCUCGAUUCUUGCCAGAAAUGAUUUUUAUAUCGUUCGUCUUAGCGAUUUUUCACUACGUGCCUUCUCGAAAGCUGCGAACAGAAAAUGGAAACUCUUCGCUUGUUGGAUUCGUAUGCUAAAAAAGAUCCGUUGAAAAAGAAAAAAAAAACAAAGUAGUUUUUUUCUCCUCGAUCCGUACGAUAUUUUCUAUGAAAUUAUAAAGGACCUCGUUCUGUUUUUUCACAAUUUAUAAAUAAAAUUCGAGGAACUUUUAUUGUCGAAAAAUAACUUCGUUCUCGAAAGGAGAAUAUUGGAAAAGAAGAAGAAGAAAAAGAAGAAAAGAAGAGGAAAAAAAAAAUAGAAAAGAAAUAUAAAACGAUGUUAUUAUGAUUCGCGAUCGAGGAACGAAACGAAGUUUUCGGAAAUUAAUCGCUUUCAAUGAAAGCAUACCUAUGUGUGGCGUUCUUUCAAAAUGUACUCGUUGCGUCGAACGAAAAUUAUUUUCUUUUUUUUUUUUUUUUAUUCUCGUUCAUCCUUUAUUUCGUACUCACAAAUAUGAUAUGGCUUUUUAGUUUUUUUAUAUUUUUUAUUUAUUUAUUGCUCUUUUUUUUUUUUAUUUUAGUUCGAAAUGAGAACGGCGGAAAAUCAAAGAAGAAAGACAAAACGUGUGACCUUUUUUCUUUUUCCUUUUUUUCUUUCUCUCUCUCUCUCACUCUUUCUCUCUCUCUCUCUUUCUCUCUCCCUCUCUCACUCCCUCGUUCGAAGGUAUUUUUUUUUUUCUUUUCUUUUCAACGUCGAUGGAAUAAAUACGUUUUGAAAAAACGCACUUUAUAUUUUUACAAGCGCAAAAAACAUAUUAUAUGUAUACAUACAUUCAUAUAUUCAACUAUCCGACUUAUUCAACUUACAACUAAAAAUCCUUGUAAAUAUGAAAAUAUAUUACUUACAUCGGUUUUUAAUCUAAUCGCUGCUUCUGGAAUUGUUCCCUCCUUUAUAUCUCCUAAUCGCAGUGUGGGGAGGAUUCUAUGGUAUUUUUUAUCAUUUUUAUUAUUUCUUUUAUCUAAAGAUCAAUAGCUUAUGAUAUCAGUCAUUGUCGCAAUGAAUUUUCGAUGUUUUUAGUGGUAUACAAGCUUCCGAUAUAUUCCAUCGUCUGAAACUUUAUUUAAUUAUGAAACAAGGUUAGUGAAAAAUUAAUGAAAAGGGAAUGUAAUGGACCCUAAAUUUUUGUAAAACGGUAACUUCUCUGUGUUUUGUCUGGAAAGAUCGCGUAAUGUGUCACGUGUUACGAUCAAGUCCUGUGUUGUACAAUUUUCUUGCGAUCAGAAAUUUUCGUGCGAUCGAUAUAUCAAACAGGGAUGAAAUUUAUCUCGGUAAUUUCAAUUCCAUGGUGUCUCUAUAUUUAAAAUUUCCAAAUAUCAAAACGCCUUAUCUUUUUUUUCUUUUUUUUUCAGGGAUUCUUCCGUUUAUAUUUAAAUUCAAUAAGAUAUAUUAUCAUAUCCGCGCGCGUAAGGACGAUUUUCUCGUCGCAACACCACGGAAUCGGCCUUUUCCCUCAAAUAUCAAAUAAAUUUCCGAUAGAUAGACCGUGCCCUCAGUCACUGCAUGCGACGAUAAAAAUGAAACACAUCGAAGGAAGUAUAUUUUGGUCGAUUUCGAUAUUUUGGUUUUCGUGCACCAAAAGGAAACAAGACACAAGACACGGUCGAAAAAACGGUUAAAAACGUGCGCAUGCUUGCGGCCAGAAGAAGAUCUAGCGAAUAACUACAAAUAAAAGCUCUCGCGAAUCGAUUGCAUGCUCAAGCAGCUCUAUUUCAAGCAACCCCUUAUCAAGAUCCCAGAUUAUUUUCGCUUUAUCGAAGGGCUCAGCUUGACCAGACUAAAUUCUUACAAUGUUUCGUCACGAGAACACGCCUCGAUCCUCUCUCACUCUUGAAAAAUAUUCGUCACGUUGAGAAGUUUCUGAUGAUCGUAUCGAAUGAUCCAAUAGUGGAUCUUGCCGUGGAACUCGAUUUAAACAGAGAUAAAAAAGACGAAUACGUGUCGCGAGAUUUUGAUAACUGACAUUGACUGAAAUAAUAAACCGUUUGAUAACGAUGCAAAUUUUUUAACAUUGAAAACAAAAAAUUCCGUGUACAAGUGUAACUAUUACAUAAGUGAUAUUCGUGGAAAAAAAAUACGAUAAAGAGUUUUCCUUUCUUUUCUUUCUUCAUAAAAUAAACAAGUUCGUAAUUUGCUUUGUGCAACGUACGCGGACGUCACACGCGAUCGUAUGGAAAUACGGUGCAAUUUAUUAGGGCAUUUUAGGCAAUAAAAUGGUCAGAUUUUCACGGAAGAAUCGCACGAGACAUCUUAUCGCGGCGUUGUAUUUCGCGAGGCUUGAAAAUACAACGUUGUUCCCGCGAUUUGCACCCCUUUAUGCUCGCCUUAGAGGAAAUCGUUAAAUCGAAAAAGAGAACGGUCGGAGUUAUGUGAGGCGCGUCGGAUGUAUUUCUUUGUCUGCAAACUGGUGGUGAUUUUGUGACAAAGAUGGCGUAGUUCAGUGUCUUAGAAGUUCUCAUAAAUAGAACGAAAAUGAAAAGGAAUUGUUUUGGAAUUAGUUCGAUUCGAAAAAUUAUUUGAUUUCUCGUCAUUUUUCAGAUUGACGUGGAAUAUCGGUUUUAUCCCUUGUUAUUUUUAUCGGGAAUUGUUGAAAAUUAAAUAUGAUACAAAAGGAUAAAACGAAAAAUGGCAUUCGAUAAAAAAACGGAUGAAACGAAUAUUUGUAAUUAUCGACGUUCGUUCGAUUGAUUACGGAUGAAGGAAUAAAUCAGGGAAGUAUAAACAUGCAAUUAUUCAUAGAAA